AUGGAGACUCUGCAUCCACUCUCUCACGUGCCUAUCUCCGACCACCGGUUCCUUGUUCAAGAGAUGAUGAGCUUACAAAGCUGGACUAAAGAAGAGAACAAGAUGUUCGAACGAGCCCUUGCCAUAUACGCUGAAGACUCUCCCGAUCGCUGGUUAAAAGUUGCUUCCAUGAUCCCUGGAAAGACUGUUUUGGAUGUCAUGAAGCAAUACAGUAAGCUCGAAGAAGACGUUUUCGAUAUCGAAGCAGGACGUGUCCCCAUUCCGGGUUACCCUGCAGCUUCUUCUCCUUCAGGUUUUGACUCGGACACGUGUCGGAAACGGUCUAACGGAGCCAGAGGACAUGAUCAAGACCGAAAGAAAGGAGUCCCUUGGACAGAGGAAGAACACAGGAGAUUCUUGUUAGGGCUUCUCAAGUAUGGGAAAGGAGACUGGAGAAACAUAUCUAGAAACUUCGUUGUGUCUAAGACGCCAACGCAAGUAGCGAGCCACGCCCAAAAGUAUUACCAGAGACAGCUCUCCGGAGCCAAGGACAAACGCCGGCCGAGCAUCCAUGACAUCACAACCAUCAAUCUUCUCAACGCCAAUCUCAACCGUUCCUUUUCUGAUCAUAGUCAUAGAGAUGUCCUCCCGGAUUUAGGGUUUAUCGACAAAGAUAAUGCCGAGGAUGGACUAAUGUUUAUGAGUCAGAAUCUAGCUUCGGAAACACUGUUUUCUCCUUCAUCACCUCCCUUCGAUGCUGCCAUUAACUUUGCCGAAGAAAAUGCAUUCGGUGCCAGAGCUUAA